UCUGAUUGUGUGAGAGGUUUGCUACAGGGCUGUAUGUGUGUGUGUGUAUGUGUGCGGCUGGGAUCAGAAGAGACAGGCUGUAAGAACAGGGCGGUGUGUUUCUCGUCCCUGCUGGUCGGGGUACGAGUAGGGAGCUGGCCUCCCCAAAUAGUUGCUUCUGAACCUCACUUUAUUAUCAUUUUCAGCAGAUUAAACCCAGAUGGAAGAAGAGCACCGCAGCCCCUCUGCAGCCGCACAUGAGAUGGAGAUGAAAGGCUAUAUUAAGGAGUUCACCCGCCACUCCAAUGACGUGUUACUGAACCUAAAUGAACUGCGGCAUCGGGACAUCCUUACAGAUGCCACCCUGCUGGUGGGCACCACCAAACUGCGCGCUCACUGCGCCGUGCUCAUCGCAUGCAGCGGGUUUUUCUACACUCUGUUCUCUCGCCGCUUGGCCGGUGUUUGCAGUGAGCAGGGGUUUUCUCUGACCCUGCCAGAGGGUCUGGAUGCAGGCAGUGUGUCACUGCUGCUGGACUUCAUGUACACCUCCUGCCUCCCCCUGACGCCACGCACUGUACCUGGCGUGCUUACUGCUGCCACCUACCUGCAGAUGGAGCAUGUGGCAGACACUUGCAGAGCUUUCAUUCAGCACAGUGAAGGGAUUUCUGCGAGUCCCUCUCUGAUGGAGCCAGUCUCCAGAACAGCCCUUGGUGGACGUUCUCCACCUGCUCAUCCCACCGUCUUCUCCUCCCCCUCCAGGCCUACAGCUGAGGCUGAAGAUCCCAUCCCAGACCGAGCCAGGGUUCCAGAUGAGAGCUUUGCAUCGCUAGAUCCAGGAACUUGCCUGACUCCUAUUCCCAAGUCUCAGACUCUUAAAUUAGAGGAAUCUUCACCGUGUACCCCAGACAGCCCGUGCCAGUCUAGCGGACAGCCAAACUCACCAUCAGAGUCCAGCGGCUGCAGUCUGUCUCCACAACUAAAGAAGCGGUCUGAGUCUAAACUCACUCCUGAUCCAAAGGCCUGUAACUGGAAGAAGUACAAGUAUAUUGUCCUCAACCCUCUGUGUGCCACACCUAUAAAAGAGGAGGGGCCUGGAGAGGAGCGCCAUUCACAAAGGAUGGAAGCCACACCUAAAACAGCAAAUAACAUCUGGGAUGGAGAAGAGGCAGGACUGAAUAAGAGGAAAACCUUGUCCCUUCCAUACAACACAUCACAGCAAAAGAUAUCUUUCGCUCCCCAUCAUGUUGUGGAGCACACUUUGCAGCCUCUGACGCUUUCCAUCAGUGGAGAUCAAGGUCUCUGCAGUCCUUAUGUUUGCACCCAAAUAGCCAAUCAAGGUAAUUUAUUGGGCCAACAUCCAAUCAAGUUUGAGAACCUCUCUACACAGCUCAGUUACAUUGGAAACCAAGGCACAAACCCAAAACCUUCAUGCACAGGAGACAAGCCUUACCGCUGUAAUAUAUGUGGUGCACAGUUCAACCGGCCUGCAAAUUUAAAGACUCAUUCCCGCAUUCACUCUGGAGAAAAGCCGUAUCGCUGUGACACAUGUGGAGCCAGAUUUGUCCAGGUAGCUCACCUGCGUGCCCAUGUUCUGAUCCACACUGGAGAGAAGCCAUACCCGUGUAACACCUGCGGGACCCGCUUCCGGCACCUGCAGACGCUGAAGAGCCACCUGCGCAUACACACCGGAGAGAAGCCCUACAGCUGUGAGAAAUGUCACCUGCACUUUCGUCAUAAGAGCCAGCUGAGGCUUCACCUGAGGCAAAAACACGGCGCCAUCACCAACACCAAGAUCCGCUACAAGGUUCUGGCAGAUCCGUACCAACCUGCACCUACCCUGCUUCAAGCCUGCUGAAAGACACAACUGAAAAAUCUCAUGCACCGUAUAGCUAAAUGCUCAUUCUGCAGAUAGGUGAAGGUCUACACAUUCAGGAGGAUCUAUAAAAGAGUGUUAUAAAGAUUUUAAAGAUGUGGAGUGCUGCAUUCGAGGAGAAGGUUAUCUAUAAAUAUACCAAUGAAUGUAGUCUUUCAAGAAUGCAGCACUCCUGCACUAGAUGUGCUGACUAUUACUUAAUAUUUUAUAUUAUUUAUUUUGCUUCGCAUACCUCAUGCUAUUUAAUCACGUUAUGCUGUUGCAAGAAGUAUUUUUAUAUCAUAUUAGCCACUUUUUCUGUGGCAGGGGAAAUGUCAAAAAGUAAUAAUGUAUAGCCCUACUAGGACGGUAACUGUUUCUCAAGGGACAAAAACAUAUUAAUGUUACAUUAAUCUGCACAACUAGGCCAGCAAACAUUCAGGUCAAAUGUUUACCUUGUGUAAAUAAAAGGUUACUUACAUUUAUUUCUUCAAAUUUCCAACUUAAUUUAGCAUUUGGAAAGAUAAAAAUCCAAGACAACCCUUUUAUUUGAUCAACCCUUUAUUAUUUACAUUUUAUUUUGCUGACUUAUGUACUUCAUCCAAGAAUGUUCGUUUUAAGUAGUGACACACACUGUCUCCUGUGUGGCCAUGUCAAUGACGUCAUACACCGUUAAAUUCCGGAUAGGUUUUAUAGAAAACAAACACCAGAGACGGUUUAAUACUGUGUGUUGGGUUAAUAUGCGCCCUCUAGCGGUAGAAAUGACACGCUGUGCCUUUAACCAGACGUCCCUGUGAGAAACAAUUAUCCAAAGAGGGCUUAAGACAAGAAAAAUUAAACAAUUAAGCAGGUGAAAUGAAAAUGUUUCAUGUGGAGAGAAAAAAAAUCUUAUUGUUGGUGGCACGGUGGCUCAGUGGUUCUCACUGUCGCCUCGAAGCAAGAAGGUCACUGGUUCGAGUUCUGGUUGGGCCAGUUGGCAUUUCUGUGUGGAGUUUGCAUGUUCUCCCCAUGUUGGCGUGGAUUUCCUCCGGGUGCUCCGGUUUCCCCCACAGUCCAACGACAUGCGCUAUAGGUGAAUUGGAUAAACUAAAUUGGCCAUAGUGUGUGUGUGUGAAUGAGAGUGUAUGGGUGUUUCCCAGUACUGGGUUGUGGCUGAAAGGGCAUCCGCUGCAUAAAACACAUGCCAGAAUAGUUAGCGGUUCAUUCCACUGUGGUGACCCUUGAUGAAUAAGCGACUGAGCCGAAGAAAAAUGACUGAAUGUCUAGUUGUUAUGCUUUAAAGAUGGUUUGUGGGAGAGAUGUUUAGUAGGAGUUCAGACUGGAGAUGUGAGAGGUGAACGAUGUCAAAAAAAGGAGUGAUUGUGAAAGAUUAUAAAGGGAAAAUAGAUGAACAAGGAAGUGUAAUGAAGGAAUUUAGCAUGUUUGAAAAAAAGGAGGAUGUUUUUUUUGUGUGUGGUCGUUCUGUUUCCUAUUUAAGAACAUAGCAGACCAGUCAGAAUGACAAACUAUAAUAAUAUAACCUCAUAUUUACCAGUUAUUCAGUAUGUUAAUGUACUAAAUUAAAAGGCCUGGAGCCCUAUUUGUGUUUAAGUAAUGAGAGGAAAGUGUGUAGAGGAUUAGCCUCACUAAUGUUUAAGAGACCAUUUCAUGAUUUUUCUUGUGUAUAAUAGUUUGCAAUGGUCCAAGCAGGUUGAGGACUCACACUAGUCAAACAUAUAUACAUGUAAAGAGUGAUGAUGAUGAUGAUGAUUUCAACAAUAUUGUGCGCUCUUUUGCUGGACAAAGACCUAUUUUAUAUAAAUUAAAGUUAAAUUAAUUUCUCAUAA